AUGGCACGUGUAUUUCCUACUACACAGCUUCCAUACCAGGAACAUCACCCACUUAAGAUCCUCCGCGACGAGAUUGAGCGUGUGUUUGGCAAAAAGUACACCCCUAUUCGGGCGCCAUCGCCGGUUGUAACGUCCAAGCUUAACUUUGACGAUCUUGGCUUUCCAGCAGAUCAUCCUGGACGCAUGCCAUCGGAUACGUACUAUGUGAAUCGAGAGACGUGUCUACGUACCCACACAUCCGCGCACGAAGUCGAGACGUUCCGUGCAGGCUACAAACGAUGGCUUCUGACGGCCGAUGUGUUUCGCCGAGACGAAAUUGACUCAUCACAUUACCCUGUCUUUCACCAAAUGGAAGGUGCAAGCGUAUGGAGCUACGAUGCAUUCAAUCGUGGUGGUCCCGUGGAGCAGGAAUGCAUUGCAAUGGAAACGAUACUCCAACAGGCAGGCAUGGAAAUUCACGAUGAUGUCAACAUUGAUGAGGCUGAUGGAUGGCAGGAUGUGCACAUGCGGGACCACCCGGACGCUACGAAACUCGCUUUGCGUCAUUUGAAAGCGUCGCUCAACACGCUUGUGCUUGCGCUUUUCCGAAAGCGCUGGGCGGAGGAAGCCCAGACGAACGAACCGCUUCGUGUGCGAUGGAUCCCAGCGACCUUUCCGUUCACUGCACCAAGCUUUGAAGUUGAGGUGUGGUUCCGUGGCAAGUGGCUCGAGAUUCUCGGUACAGGCAUUGUCAAGCAGCGCACAUUGGAUGUAGCAGGCAUUCCAAAGAACCUUGGUUGGGCCUUUGGUCUUGGCUUGGAACGGAUUGCGAUGGUGCUGUUUUCCAUUCCAGACAUCCGUCUAUUUUGGUCGGAAGAUGCGCGUUUUCUAAACCAGUUCAAGUCUGCGGAGCCUCUGAAUAUCACCUUUAAGCCGUAUUCGAAAUACCCACCAUGCUAUAAGGAUGUGUCGUUUUGGAUGCCACAGUCUUUCCAUGAGAACGAUAUGUUCGAGACAGUUCGUGAUCGUGCUGGUGAUCUUGUGGAAGAUGUCGUUUGUAUCGACGACUUUCUGCAUCCGAAAACCGGCCGGCACAGUCGCUGCUACCGUAUUAAUUACCGAAGCAUGGAUCGCAAUCUUGAAAAUGACCAGGUCAAUGCACUCCACGCGGAAGUUGUGAAUGCGCUUGUUAGCCGUUGUCACGUCCAGAUCCGGUAA